AUGGAUGUUGAAAAGAUUCCCAAGGCUUGCGAGCCGUGUCGCAAACGGAAAAUUAGGUGCGAUGGAGCCCAUCCUUGCCAUAGGUGCCAAAGGAAGCCGUCUGAGUGCGUUUAUCGCCAACGAACUCGCAUUCGCAAGUCAACUCGUCGGAAUGCCGACUCGGAUGCCAGACAGGACAGACCUUCCCCCGGUGGAGGACAACCUGGAACGGUAGCACCCAAUACGCACGGCGAGAAGUCUCCUUUAGAGCAGACGGCGGCGGCUCGUGACCAGCUUUAUCACAGCGUCGCUGCCACUCACGGUAACGAGGCAGAUUCCAUCGAGAGCUCCCGGCUGUUCUAUGGUCCCUCCUCGCAGUUUGCAUUCCUACAGCAACUACAUAGAGAGAUCUUGUCUUCAGGUCCUCAUGCCUCUGCUGGUGAUCGAGAGGUGCAGGAAGGUGGCCCCGGCUUAGACUUAUUUGUGCAAAGGGCUAUCUUCUUCGGUACCCCUUCUCGUACGCCGCCACAGCUGGCCUCGUAUACGUCCCUAUCAUCUGCAGUCUCCCUUGCUCAAGCUACAGAGUUUCUCAUACAAUUCAAGUCUGCAACCUGUAAAGUUCUCCCUCUUUUUACUGAACAGGAAUUAGACGAAUUGCUCCAUCAGCUUUACUGUGAUGGAUCCGAGACUGUUGUGUCGCCUGAAAGACGAGCUGUCGGGUUAGCGAUCCUCGCCAUAGGUGCUCUCUUGACGACCUAUACCGACACCGCUGAGAUGCUGUUCAUCAAAGCCAAACAGCAGGCAGUGGUUUGCGACGACACUGUGAGCCUGUUGAUGAUACAGCUUUCUAUUCUGUUGGCAGAAUAUCAAACCAACAUGGGGCGGCCAAACUCAACCUAUCUCAACCUUGGAACUGCUAGCAGAAAAGCUCUUGCCAUGGGUUUACACAGGGAAAGUGACGUAAGAUUCGUGCCAGCCGAAAUGCUUCAGAGGCGACGCACUACCUUGUGGUGUCUUUAUUUCCAUGAGAACUUUCAGGCACUAGCCCUAGGGAGGGAAAGUACCCUCAAGAUGACUGGCAUUUCGGCAUCGUUUCCAGACGAUCAGCCAGUCUUAGUCUGUCUCUGUCAACUGGCACAUAUUGCCGAAGAUGGUGCACGGAUUAUCUACGGUCGGCGAUACGAUUCCCUGGGUCAACUCUAUGUUGCUGCAGAGAAGAUUCAUGGUCGACUACGCGAGUUUGCUGAGCAGUAUGGUAUCGGACCUGCCAGUCUGGGAAGUCGACAGAAGUUUCCAGAUGGAGUCUCCUUACAUCAACUUCAUAAUGUGUACUACCAUAGCAUAAUCCUCACGUACAGGCCAUUUCUUAUCGCUGAGUCGGCACUACAGCAAGGAAAUGGCCAUCAGGAAUCAGAGGCAAUGUGGCUCAGGCAGGCAUGUCGCCACGCGACCGACGCGGCCCAAGAUUCCAUGGUCUACACCAGCUCCGCGUUCCGAAAGAACGAAAUUUGCAGAUCGAUGAGAUACAAUGCUUUCUUCAUAGAUGCCUCCUGUGUGGUACUACUCUACGAUCUUGUACGGCAUCCCGCGAAGCAAACUUACAAUAUCGAGUACAUUCAAACGGCACUACGAUGCCUCAGCACGAUGAUACAAGACGAGCCUGUCACCAUUACGCAACACUCUGUACAGCAGGUCUUGAGAAUCGUACAGGGAUUUCUAGCGCAACAGAACAGUCCUUCUGAUGUGGCUGACAUACCAAACCUACCACCGCAACAGUCUCCGGGCAGACCCACUCGAGCGCAGUCGUCGAGCCAUCAGAACAUACAGUUCCCUUCCUUGAGUACCACGUCACAUUCCACCGAACAGCUGAUUCACCUCAGUAAUCUUCCAGCCCCUGUGGUCCAGGGAGCCUAUCAGAGGCCAGGCGGAUUUGUUGGUUUGGCCAACUAUUCGGACUCUACUGACCCUUUGGCAUACUUCCAAAACGACGUGGUUACGACAGAUUUAUUCAAUUUCUUCCCGGCUGAUCUCAUGUCACCCUACAAUACGUCAACUCUGGACGCCAAUGAGAGUCACAAUACAUGA